UCUCUCUGGUCCGCAUGACCUCUGCUGUGUUGAGUUUGGUCCAAGUCGAAGAUACUCCGGUUGGAACGGAAUACGGUUCUCCUCGAAAAACUGUCGCUUUACGGUUAUUCUUACGCUCACUUCUCCGCAUUUUAUUUCAAGUCCGAGACUUUUUUCAGCGGAAGAAACGCCGCGCACAGACAACAAAACCAAUAAGAAGAAGACGAAGAGAAAACUGGUCGCCAUUUUUCUGAAGAAAAAACAAGCUAGCGAAUUAUUAAUUAGCGUGAAAUAAAUUACAGCCAGGUGUGUUGAGACGUGUGUCGCUCGCGUGCACUGGAUAGCGCGCGUGCUUUCUUCAGAGGCUGCUUUGUAAGUAAAACUCGUCAAUAUGAGAUAUUUCAUUAUAAUUUCAUUUAAAGUUUGCUACUAAUGUCGACAGCUAUUAAUUAAAGCCAAAUCUGCUCCUUAUUACUGCAGCAUUAUUCCACUUUGUUUCCACAAUUAAACCGCUAACACGAAUUCAGACUUUUUUCCCCCAUAGACAUAUAAAAUAUUCCUACGAUAUUCCAAAAUAUAUGAAGUUUAAAACCAAGUUUUAAAAAAAUCAGUGGUCAGUUAUUCUAGUUAUAUUGGCCAGCAUGAACGAAGCUGACGAAAAGCCAGUGGGAACGAAUGUUAAGGCGGAACUCGAGUAUCAUUGCAAGUGCACCGAAGGGACAGUUACUGCGGUUGCAACCGACAACUUUCGGAUGAAUUACCCACAACAGUAGAGACAAACUGUAAAAAUGGAUAAAAAAGUGAUAGCAGCAGAGUCCGAGGAGAUUGACUGGGGAGGAAGUGGAGCUGAAGAGGGGGAGAUAAUGAGGAAGACCAAACCCUUAUCAAAGAAUGUCCACACCGGUCUCCGUAAUCCACUUAGAGAUCCUGUUAAAUGUUCUCUGAUCAAAGGAGACUACCUCUACUUCCAUUAUGGCUGUGAUGGACAGGAUGACAGAGGCUGGGGAUGCGGCUACCGCACCGUUCAGACAAUGGCUUCCUGGCUUUGUCAGAACUGGUCUCCACCUACGGGCAAACACAGGCCCCCUCCGAGCCUCCCACACAUCCAACAAGCCUUGGUCACCAUGGGGGACAAACCAGGCUCGUUCUCAGGCUCCAGGGAGUGGAUAGGGACAUUUGAAGCCUCCCUGGUCCUGGACUAUUUCUAUGAUGUUCCCUGUAAGUUGGUACAUGUUAGAGGUGGAGGGGCAGAGCUGGAGCAUGUGGCAGUGGAAGAGCUCCAUCAGCACUUUGAGAAGCAUGGAUCUCCAGUCAUGAUGGGAGGGGACAGGGACAACUCUUCUAAGGGGAUAUUAGGAGUCUGCACUGGGGACAUGGGGAGCUACUUGCUAGUUGUUGACCCUCAUUACUAUGGAUGUCAGCUGGAGCCUACUGAGCUGCAGAGACACGGGUGGGUGGCGUGGAAAAGAGUCUCAUCUCUGGAUCAGUCUUCAUUUUAUAAUGUGUGUAUGCCUCAGACAGCCAAAAAAGGAACAUAAACUACUGGUAGACAUAUUUGUGUUGUCAGACAUAUUAUUGUCUUAUUAUUGAAAAUAUUAUUAUAUUAUUAUUAUUAUUGAAAAAUGUGAUAUUUUCUCAUAUAGAUGCAAUGUAAAGUGUUCGGGUCGUUGUCUGCAUUUAUAAUUUAAAAUGAGCUGUAGUGCCAUCUUCUGGAUGAAAUCAGUAAUUACAACAUAUUUGAAGAGCAAAGUAGAGCAACUUGAUCCUUUUCUACAUUAAACUCCUGGUCAAACCCAA